AUGUCUCUUGUAGUUCUAAUAGUCCAAUCAUUCAAUUUACAAUCCGGCAAGCGAAGCGGGCCCUUGUCGGCGCGGCGAGGUGCGUUGUGCAAUCCCGUUAACGCUCCUCUACUACACGUGCGAACGAAACCGGCGCGAUCGUUCGUGGGCGGCUUUCCGCUGAAAAUAGCGAGGAGGCCCGAACAAACGCCGGGCCGACACCGACAAUGCCCGAGCGUGAGUUUACUCACUCCCUUCCACCCGCGCACGCAUCGAAGCGCCGUCACCCUCACACAAACAGCUGAGUAUCAAAACAAAGAAGCGAGACGGGCGGUCGCCGCUCCCGCUCGCCGGCCGGCCGGCCUCGCCGACAUGCCAGUUCUCGUUUGA